AAUCGACACAUCGUUUGCAGUAGCUCUCCGGUUAACUUUGCUUUAUAUUCUGGUUGGUCGAUAAAAUUGCGGAAAGUUUUAGUUUGCUAAUCUCGUUUUUUUACUAUUGCAUUAAUCGUAAAGCAAGUAAUCUACGUCGCGUUCAUAUUGCUGGUGAAAUAGUCCUGAAAUCGAUAUCGUGGCUUAUAGAAACAAAAAGCCGAGUACCAAAAUGGUGGACAAAAUCGAAAUGAGUCUGGAUGAUAUCAUCAAGUCGCAGCGACCGCAGCGCGGCGGUAAUCGUGGAGGAGUCUAUCGUUCCGGCGGCAGCGGUGGCGGACCAAGGCCAAGCCGUGCACGUAAUGGAACAUCCGGCGGCGGAGGUUUCCGUUCGAAUCGCGGUCCUUCAGGUGGUGGCGGUGGUGUCCUAAAGGGGCGCAACCGAGGCGGAAUUCAACGUUCGAAAUACGCACGGGGCGACGUAAACAGCGCUUGGAAGCAUGACAUGUACGAAGGAGCUCGCAAGAGUCGCCUUUUGGCGGCAGCCGGGCUUGGAAUCGGAGGACCUGGCGGACUGGGCAGCACCAAGCUGAUGGUAUCAAACCUGGACUUCGGCGUAUCAGAGUCUGACAUAAACGAGCUGUUUGCGGAUUUUGGACCAUUGAAAAGUGCAUCAGUGCAUUAUGACCGAUCCGGAAGAUCACUAGGUACAGCAGAUGUUGUGUUCGAACGUCGGGCUGACGCAAUAAAAGCAAUGAAACAGUACAAUGGAGUUCCGUUGGAUGGACGGCCGAUGAGCAUACAACUAGCGACCUCGGAUAUCCCAUCUCCUCGUGCACCUCGGCUGGGUGGCGGAAGUUCUUUGGCUCGUUCCCCACGUAGACCGGUUAGCAGUGGACCGUCUAGAGGAAGCAACCAAACGAAUCGUCGAGGUGGUGGCGGUGCAAGUGGUGGACCCCGUCGGCAGCAACGGGAAACCAAGACAGCGGAGGAAUUGGAUGCUGAACUAGAUGCGUACACUAAGGAUAUGAAGUGAAAACCGUCAACAAAGAGCGACCUCUUAAUCAUUAGAAAGUAAGAUCCGAACCACCCCGUGCACAAUUUUUGUUUGUGUGACAGGACACGCGAAUAAUUGAUCCCUAUCGCGGUGUAAAUAAAUUAAAAAGUCAGUAAAUCAUGAGCAUAAAUGAAAUAUUUCAAGAUAAUACAAAGAAGACCGAUGAUACAAGUAACUGUACCGUCACUGAAGAGUUAAGCAACAUUUAACUUUUUGUUGCACCGAAGACAACUGAAAUCUAACUAGAAAACCUCAUACUAUUUGAUCAAUUUUUAUUUCUGUAAUAAAAAUCUAGUAAAACAUUCAGCAAACAAUUCAAAGUAAUUCUAUUAUUUAGGGCAGUGAUUUUUUUCAACUAAAGUCGCUUUUAAAUAUCUUCUACUCUAGAAUUUGCGAAAUUACAUAGAAGAAUUGACUAUCGUCGUAAAUGCAGCAGUAGGACAGAAUUAGCAAUAGCAAAAACGAUAUUUCAGCAGAAAAUGAAAAUCAGUUUAUCUUUUAUACAUUUGCAAGUACUGAGUUAGUAGCAAAGAGUGUUUUCUGUAGCUGCCGAAACUUUUCAGUUAGAAUAUAUCUUAUAAUUUAAUGGAACAAAGUUGAGAUGAUAAAUAAAAGUGAUCUGUAAA